AUGACGAUGCUGAGUGACGACGACGAUGCUGAGCAGCGACAAGAACAUGGCAGCUCCCAGGAGGAUUACUUUCCAGGAAGCAGGAGCUCCAGACUUUACACUGCACCUUUCCAAGCGCGUCAUCCAAAUCUGGGUGUAGAUAUUGAACUGAAAACUGCAAUAAUCAAUCUACUGCCGAAGUUUCAUGGCUUACCUGCUCAAGAGCCUCUUAAGCACCUCAGAGAUUUUCAGAUAGCCUGUUCUACUGUUAGGUGUAAUGGUGCAACUGAGACUUCUAUUCUGCUUGCCGCCUUCCCGUUUUCUCUUGAGGAGAAGGCAAAGGAGUGGUACUACACUCAACCUGAAGCAGUUGUUACUAACUGGGACACGCUCAAGAGAGAAUUCUUGGAAAAAUACUUUCCAGCUGAAGUUACUGAUAGACUGAGGAAAGAAAUUUCAAUGAUUAUUCAAGGCGAGUCCGAGACUCUUUACGAAUAUUGGGAGCGCUUCAAUAACCUCCUAGACGCAUGCCCCUACCACAUGAUUGACAAACUGGUGUUGAUCAGUUAUUUCACACAAGGCAUGAAGCCUCAGGAUAAAACUACACUGGAUGGUGCAAGUAAUGGUUCUCUUAAAAAGUACAAGACCGUAGAAGAAGCGUGGCAACUGAUCAGCGAUCUAGCUGAGUCCGCUCGGAAUUACAGACAUAGGCACAACCAUCCCAAGGCUGUGAAAAAGGUUUCCUCUAGUAGUGAGACUACUGCCCUCACACAGACUCUGAAUGAGCUCCAACAAGAAGACAACACCAUGGCAGCUACUCAUAAUUUCUAUGACCGCCCAAAUCAAGGAUACUAUCAACAAGGCAGCAAUUACAACCAAAGUGAAAACUACAAUCAAGGUUGGCAAGAUAACUCCAACCAGGGAUGGAGAGAUAAUUCCAAUCAAGGAUGGAGGGACAACUACAACAAAGAAGGCAAAGACAACAAUAAAAAUCAGAGGUGGAACAACAACAACAAUAGACAGCAGAAUUAA